AUGGCUUUUCACUAUAAUCUCUUGUUCAUUUCUUUAUUUUUUUGUUCUUUUAUUCUUAUUCUUCCUAACAUAAACUCACUCUCAACUGUUUCAAUUUCUGACUCUUCGGAUUUCAACCAAACCUUAAUCUGUAUCUUACAACAACAACCUCAAAGCAAACAAAAACAAAAACACUCAAAUCUCAAUUGUACUAGUUUUCCACCUAGUACUAUUGCACUUGAUGUGAAUCCUAAUGUUUCAUAUUCCCAAAUUGUUGGUGGAAAUGGUUUUCUAUGUGCAUUAACAUCAUUAUCAAAUUCUUCAAAUUCAAUCUUAGGCUGUUGGAGAUUCUCAAACUCUUCAAAUUCCACUACUGUUCUCUUUAAACGAAUCUAUCAUGGACCUUUCAUUGAAGACAUCGAUGGCGGAAACUCUCAGGUUUGUGGUCUUGUUAAUGCGAAAAACGGUUUUCGCAUCGAGUGUUGGCCAUGGAAGAGCUUCAGUUCAUUCAAUUCAAGCUUGAGUUUUUCAAGUAUUGCAGCUGGAGAUAAUUUUGUAUGUGGGAUAACAGAAAAUGGAAAAGGGAAUUUUGUUACUUGCGGAGGAAGUAACAAAGAAGUAGUUGGAAAUGAACCGAAGAACGGUGGAAAUUAUUCGGUAAUCGAAGCCGGUUCGAAUCAUGUUUGUGUGAUUUCUAGUGAUGGUGGUUUGGAUUGUUGGGGUGAUGUGGUUGGUGAGAAGCCCAAAGGGAGAUUCAUUGGAUUGGCUUUGGGAGAGAAGAGAAGUUGUGCUCUUGGGUAUGAUGGAUUAGUUGAAUGUUGGGGUUUGAAUGGUUUCACCAUGCCAUUGAGAUUAAAAGGGACUUUUUUUGAAUCGAUUGUGGCUAAAAAAAGUGUUUUUUGUGGUGUUUUGGCUUCUAAUUAUUCUUUAAUUUGUUGGGGAAAUGAGGUUUUUGAGGAGUCGAAAAAUGCAUUCAAGGUGUUUGAUAAUGUGCUUCCUGGACCUUGUAAGAGUCGAUGUCCGUGUGGGCCUUUAUCGGAUUCUGCUAAGCUUUGUGUCUCGCCGGGUGUCAUUUGUAAAGCUUGUUCGCCGUUGGUUGAGUUUUCAUCGUCGCCACCGUUGAAUCCUCCGUCUACGGUGGUUGGAAAUUCGUCGAAAAGUGGUACUUGGAGUGGCAAAAUGGUGGCGUUUCUCGUGAUCGGAUGCGUUGGAUGUAGUUCAUUGUUACUGGUUUUAUCUUGCUAUCUUUACAAACACUGCAAAGACUUGGGAUGCAAAUCUAGAGUUCAUGACUCGGGAAGAUUAGACGAUCAUGAUCCCGAAACCGAAUUAGAUCCUCCUCGAGGUAUCCCGGUUCUUGAGAAGCGGUUAAGCCAUGUAAUCAGCAUGGGAAACGGAGGGACUCUUUUGCAGGAAUUUUCUCUUCAAAAACUAAUUCAAGCCACCAACAAUUUCUCCGAAGAUAACAAAAUCGGCGUAGGAAGUUUCGGGUCUGUGUACCAUGGAAAACUCGAAGAAGAAGGACUCGAAGUUGCAAUAAAAAGAGCUGAAAUGUCAUCAACUUUGAUGUCUUCUGCACAUUUCGGUGUCGCGAGAAGACAAGAAGACCAAGACAACGCCUUUGUGAACGAACUCGAAUCUUUAUCGAGACUCCACCACAAAAACUUGGUAAAACUACUCGGUUUCUACGAAGACAAAUAUGAGAGAAUUUUAGUUUACGAAUACAUGAACAACGGAAGCUUAAACGAACAUCUCCAUAAAUUUCAAACCUCGAAUAUCAUGUCAUGGCGCGUUCGUAUAAAAGUCGCCUUAGACGCGGCUAGAGGUAUAGAAUAUCUACACAGAUACGCAACACCGUCGAUCAUUCACCGUGACAUUAAAUCAUCAAAUAUUUUACUAGACUCAAAAUGCGUCGCAAAAGUUUCAGAUUUUGGGCUAUCAUUAAUAGGCCCGGAAGACGAACAGUCACAUCUCUCACUUCUAGGGGCCGGAACCGUUGGUUACAUGGACCCCGAAUACUAUAGACUACAACAUUUAACAACAAAAAGCGAUGUCUAUAGUUUCGGAGUUGUUUUAUUAGAACUUUUAAGUGGUUACAAAGCCAUACAUAAAAAUGAAAAUGGAGUGCCAAGAAAUGUGGUUGAUUUUAUUGUACCAUUUAUAGUUCAAGAUGAGAUUCAUAGAGUUUUGGAUCCAAAGUUGCCACCACCAACACCAUUUGAGAUUGAAGGUGUGGCUUUUGUAGGUUAUUUGGCUUGUGAUUGUGUUCGUUUGGAAGGGAGAGAUAGACCAAAUAUGAGCCAUGUUGUGAGUAGUUUGGAAAAAGCUCUUGAGGCUUGUUUGGCAGAACCUAUUCUCUGUGGGUCCAAUUCUACUACCACAGUUUCUUCUUAUGAGUGA